CGCCCUCCUCUCCGUAUGAAAAGAGGCUUGGCUCCUGCUGCGCCCAGCUGCCAAAGAGGCAGUGGAGAAAGAGAGAAGUCAGGGCCAGGAGAGUGAGCCCGGACUCAACUCUGGGAAUUUCCUCCCGCUGGCCCUGGGCACUGGACUGGACGGGACGAACUGGACGGGACUGCGUCUUCCGGGAUAUUCCGGGUCCCCUGAAGCUUGGCACCUUUCCAUUGACUGCAGCCAAGAGGAUAAGAGGGGAGAAGGACAAGCGGGCUCGAAGUGCAACCUGGGGAUGACACCUCCUUUGGAAAAGCAGUGCACUGGCAGGAGACCAGUAGAGUUCUGAAAAAAAAGACGACAACAGGAAAAUGCAGGAGCUUCUUACACCAAAGAAAACCCUGGUGCAGUAAACAGAGGGCAGCAAUUUCUAGGCCCAGGGCAGCUGUGCAGAAUGAACGUGGGGCCAACAGGAGCACAGACAGAAGAGAAUCAGACCACGGAGGAAACAGAAGUUGAAUUGUAUGGGACAGCACAAACUACCCCAAGAGGUCAGCUAGCUGCUGACCCUAAACCAGGGCUUACUGAUAGCACCAAGUUGAUUGAAGUUCAGGUUGUCCUCAUAUUGGCCUAUUGCACUAUCAUCUUGCUGGGAGUAAUUGGCAAUGCCUUAGUGAUCCAUGUGGUGAUCAAAUUCAAGAGUAUGCGUACUGUUACCAACUUCUUUAUUGCUAAUCUUGCAGUGGCAGAUCUUCUAGUGAACACUCUUUGCCUCCCCUUCACCCUUACUUACACCUUGAUGGGAGAAUGGAAAAUGGGUCCUAUCCUGUGCCACCUGGUGCCCUAUGCCCAGGGCUUAGCAGUGCAAGUGUCCACAAUCACCCUAACUGUGAUUGCCCUGGAUAGACACCGUUGCAUUGUUUACCAUCUGGAAAGCAAGAUUUCUAAGAAGAUCAGUUUCCUGAUCAUUGGUCUGGCCUGGGGAAUCAGUGCCUUGCUGGCUAGUCCCCUGGCUAUUUUCCGGGAGUAUUCUCUGAUUGAGAUAAUACCUGACUUUGAGAUCAUGGUCUGUACUGAGAAGUGGCCAGGUGAGGAAAACAGCAUGUAUAGUACAAUUUAUAGUCUCUCUUGCUUGCUGAUCCUGUAUGUUUUGCCCUUGGGUAUCAUAUCAUUUGCUUAUAUACAGAUCUGGAGUAAGUUGAAGAAUCAUAUUAGCCCUGGGGUGGCCAGUGACCACUACCAUCAGCGUCGGCAUAAAACUACCAAGAUGCUAGUAUGUGUGGUAGUGGUGUUCGCAGUUAGCUGGUUGCCUUUUCAUGCCUUCCAGCUCGCCAUUGACAUUGAUAACCAGGUCUUGAACCUGAAGGAAUACAAGCUCAUUUUCACGAUAUUUCAUAUCAUUGCCAUGUGUUCCACUUUUGCUAACCCCUUUCUUUAUGGCUGGAUGAAUAGCAACUAUAGAAAGGCCUUCCUCUCUGCCUUUCAUUGUGAGCAGCGGGUGGACUCCAUUCACUCAGAGGUGUCAGUGACAUUCAAAGCCAAGAAGGAUCUUGAGAUAAAGAAGAACACCUGUCCCAAUGACUCUUUUACCGAGGCUACCAAUGUCUAAGGAGUGUGGUUUCUGAAAAGUUGGGGAAUGGAUUCCAGUUAGAGUCAUCAUGUGGCUUUUAAAGAGGUCCUUAGGCAUAUCCUCUUUCAACCCAUUCUAAGAAGAAAACCAGCAGUUGAGUCAAAACUUCUGCUGUUGAUUCCUUGGAGAGCUGAUUGUCAAUAUCUAUGUGCAAUUGUGCAAACCAAGUCAUGCCAAAAGGGGACUUUGUUUACAGUGGAUUGUGGGCUGAAUUAUGAACAUAAACAGAAAUGUUACACAUGGUUUCUUUCCAAGAAGAUGGAAGAAAAAUUUUGCAUGUAAAAUUUGAAAGCAGUAAGAGAUUGCAUGUUCACCAUUUCAAUGAGGAAAGAAGAUAAAUAAAUUUACCUGACUUCUCCCAACAUCGUAGGGCUAUGACUAGAGAUGUCCAUGUGACUCACAACAUGCACCUCUUCUCACAAAUUACUCUGCAAACACACUUUUCUCCAGAGAACAGCAUGUUGUUCUUGGAUGUGCUUUUUAAUUUAUUUCUCAUCUCCCUAAAAACUGCUACAAUGGGGAUCCUCUCAGUCUGCUGAACAUUGUUGUUUAGAAGACUUUAGGAAAUAAAAUGAAACCUUCAGUAUUAUCAAUCAUUUGACAUUUGGAGGGGGGAAAUGCCUCAGGAUUCAAUGAGAAGACAUUUCUUGAAACAAAAUUCAUAUUUGGCUAGCAUUUCUUGAAAUAAGAGGGUCCAAGAUUGAACUUUCCAGCAAAAUAAAGGAAUGUAAACUCUGA